AUGGCGUACAGGCAGAAUACCUACUGGAAAGAUGUCCUCACUAUUGUGCCGAUCGUCGGCGCCAGUGUGGCCACCGUCACGUAUCUGUUGCGUCUGUACUCCAGACGACUGACGGCCGCGGGGUUUUACCUUGAAGACAUCCUCAUGGGCAUUGGGUUGAUCAUCUCCUACUGCGCUACGGCUUUUGUAGUGGAGACUGCCUUCAAUGGUGUUGGCGUGCCUGUCAAAAGCCUGCCCCAUGAUGAGCGGUAUCGCAUUCAAUUUGGAUCCUGGAUGAUACAGAAGUUCUGGGCCCCGUCCAUGGCCUUUGUCAAGAUUUCCAUCAUCGUCUUCCUCAAGCGUCUCCUGGGCUCCGUCCGUGUAUAUGCCACCAUCUCCAAUUGUCUGAUCGCCUUCAUUGCCGUAUGGGCCCUUACCGCGGUCCUGGUCAACACGUUCCAAUGCACGCCGGUGCAAUACUACUAUGAUAAGAGUCUGAGAGGACACUGUAUGAAGGGGCAGGUGCAGUUCUUCCAGGCGAUGGGAUCGAUUGCCUUGAUCGAGGAUGUCAUCAUCCUCUGUCUACCGAUUCCCAUUGUAUGGAGACUGCAGAUUACCUUUCGGCAGAAGAUCGCCUUGACGGUAAUCUUCUCUCUGGGUGGAUUGGUCUGCAUCUUCAGUCUCAUGCGCCUGAUCGAAUUCCGCCACUUCGUCGUCACAGAUCUGGCCUCCUCCAGCGCCAAAGAAUCCAUCUGGACCUGUCUCGAACUCGACGUCGCCAUCAUCUGCGGCUGCCUCCCGCUCCUCAAACCCCUCGUCCAAGGCUUCCUCGGCAAGGUCAAAAGCGGCGUCUCUAAGGGCUACUCGCAGCCCUCCGCCGGGUCCAAACUCCCCUUUCCCACAUCGCGGACACACAACGAUGGGUUUCAGCAGAUCGCUGAUCCAAAUGGGACACUGGCAUCCGCUACGUCCAAGAGUCUUAAUGUGGCGGCUACGCCGAGCCGGAAUAGCUCGGACGUGGAGUUGCAGGGUAUUACGGUGCAUACCAGCAUUCGGCAGGAUGUAGAUAGGCGAUCGGAUGUAGAGAGUACGGAUCCGGUGUUGAAUCGGGAUUGGAGGCAGUAA